UGACAUGUCAGUAGCGGAGCGAGGCCUUCUUCUCUUCUUCUCUCCAGCCCCUCCUCCCCAUUCUCAUCCUCACAGCUCUUCCAGUCCCAGUCAGUCAUAGAGGAGAGGAGCAGCAAAACAGGACGACCACCCUUCUUGCAACCCACACCAGACUUCCCCUCCAUCAUCUACCUCCAGUCCCAGAGCGGUGAGGGCGGCUACGUCCCUCACGCUCACCGCUCAGCCUCCUCACAAGAUCUCCUCCUUCUGUCCCUCUGGGCUGGGCUGGGCUGCCUCCACGAUUGAGCUACGGCACUGCUGAGAUGUUCUUCUUCUUUAGCUGGUAGCUGCUUGGUUUGGUUCGCUUUGCUACUCCUCCUCCCUGCAUUCUUGGGUGGAAGGGGGAGGAGGCGAUGCCGGCCAAGUACCUGCUGGCCUUGGGAGAGGAGAGGCGGCCGGACCUGCACCGCCAGAUCGGGUGCGUCACCGGGAUCCUGCAGGCCUUCGACCGCCGCUACCCCAUCGCCGCCCAACACUCCCACAAGAGGCUGCUCCCCCCAGGCAAUGCACUGUCAAGCAGCCCGAGCGUAGGGGAAGAGCGCACAAGAUACGGUCCCCAGAUUGUUCUCGACAAGAACUUCAGUAGAAGCUGGAUUGAAAAUCAAAGAGCAUCGUCAACAAUGGAGACUUCAUCGUCAUCAUGUUCGUCGUUUUCCUCCCUUGAUGGCAAUAGGUCGACACAACAGGACCUAUCGUCAACUGAUCGGAUGCUAUUUCCGGAGAAACCAUUCAAGUGCUCACCGAGGCUCAAGAGCUCGCCUGAGAGUGACAAUGGACCAGACUACUUCCUGGAUGAUACCCUCACCAACACGCCCUCAGCUCAAUCCAGCCACCGGACUCUUGGUAUAAGAAAUCUGGUAAAGGAUUCGAUUUAUAGAGAUACUCGUGAUUUGUCAGCCAGAACUUCCACAACGGAAGCAGUGGCAGAUCACACAUACAACCGUGGAGAUGCAGCAACAUGCUUUGAUGAGUCCCCUAGCAGCGAUAUCCAAGCAAAGAGCAAGGGAACCAUGGACAUCAAUGAGUCGCUCAGAGUGCUAGCCAAGCUCAGAGAGUCCUCUUGGAGUCCAUCUGAACCUGGCCACCAACCAAGGCUGUCUUAUGACGCUCCUCGGUUCUCAUAUGAUGGGAGGGAAUCGGCAUCAAAACGUAGGGAGAUGCCAAGAUUGUCGCUGGACAUCAAGGAAGGCCCUCUUAGGACCCGUGAAAUGGACUCGUGGCCGAAGCCGAACAUGAACGACACAGAAAGGAGCAUCAGUUUCAGUUCGGAUAAAGAAUACAAUGCAGAGAUCCAGAAAGAACAACCAGCAGCCUCUAAGCGUCUCCCAAGUGUCGUUGCAAAACUCAUGGGUUUGGAAGAGUUGCCCGAGCCCAACGACAACAAGGUGACAUCACCACAGGCACCCAUAUCAGUUCAAGAGAGGAAGCAAGAACAUAUACUGAUCCCUUUGAGCCUCUCCUCGCAUAAUGAGCCUGCUCGUAGGCAAAACAGGAAUCUGGAUGCAACAAUCAGAAAUGUUCCUAACUCUAAGUUCCCAGCUGAAACUGCACCUUGGAAGCAGGAAAGGAUCGUGCUACCGAGAAAAUUGCCAAAAGGGUCCAAGGCUGCUCAUGGAAAAGAGCAACCUGCUGCAUCAGUUUACAGUGAGAUAGAGAAACGACUCAACGACCUUGAUUUUCAGCAUUCAAACAAGGACCUGAGGGCACUUAAGCAGAUCCUGGACUCUAUGCAAGCAAAAGGACUGUUGCAGAACAAGAAACGCGAGGAAGCAUCGAUGCUCAAGUUAUAUGAUGAUGACUACAAUAGCCAAGAGGUGACAGCUGAUGCUAAUCCGAGACUCAGCUGUAACACAAACUCCAGUCAGAUAUCUGAAAGGGCCCCAUCUCCAUCAAUGGAAGAAGAGAGCAUUGCAGAAAAAUUCUUUAAAUCUCCUAUUGUGAUCAUGAAGCCUGCAAAUUCUGCAGACUUCUUGGGUGACACAGAUUCUCCUGUUGUCCCAUUGAGGGGGCUAUCAGAUUUACCGCAGCUGCGGACAGUCAAUAGCACUGAUAAAAGGAAAAUGCCAAAGAUCAGUAGGGCAACUGUUGAGCAACGUCUGAAAUCUAGUCCAACGGUGCCUGCUUCUCAACCCCUUGCUUCUGAUGGGAGACCAAAUGGAAGAAAUGAAGUGACGAGCAGGAAACAGAAAUCUAGCUCGCAGUUGAUGACUGAGAGCUCAUCGAGAAGACAGCAGUUACCAAGAGAUAAUAAUGGAAUGCUAAAGCAUAAAAACUCCACUAGCCCCAGAUUACCACAGAAAAAGCUCGACAUGGAGCGAAGGUCUAGAUUGCCUAUUCCUUCUCCUGAGUCUAACAAGAACCAAAGGCAAUCUGCGGACAAGAGUCACUUGGAUACAAUAUCACCCAGAAGCAAAGUUAGAAGAAAGCUUGCUCAAGGUGAAGAUGGUCAUCAAAAUGUUGCAAAGAGCAGGACAAGAAGUCUUAACCAGCAAGGCGAUGAUAUGUCUUUAAGGUCGGAUGGCAGUAUGAGUGUUGUAUCAGAGCUGGACAUAGAAGUAACAAGUGCUGACAGAUCUGCAGAAGUUGAUGCAUCGAGCUUCCAACAAGGCAAUCAAACUCCACCAGGAAGGAAUCCACAAAAAGUGAAAACCUCUUAUGAUGCAAACAAGGACCUGUCAUCUAUGGAUCAUGCAGCAACUAUCCCUGAGCGGCCAAGUCCAGUCUCUGUCUUGGACUCUUCAUUUGACCAGGAGAAUAUUUUCCAUACCAGCAAGACCUCAAAUUCACCUAAUGUUGAUGAUCAGCGACAUCCAUCAGAUGUAAAGCCAACAAAGCUCACUACUCAGUCCGAGAACAAUAAGCUCGCAAAUGUAGCGAGCCUUCUUCAGAAGCUGCAGCAAUUGACUGUAACCAAGGAUGACGACGAGGCCCCUCCUGUGGAUCACAUUGCUUUCUUGUGUGAGACACAAAUUCCGGACCACCGCUAUGUGUCGGAGAUCCUACUGGCCUCGGGCCUUCUGAUGAAAGACCUGGGCACGGGCCUGUCUCAAAUCCAGCUCCACGCCUCCGGCUACCCCAUCAACCCUGACUUGUUCCUCGUGCUGGAGCAACGCAAGUCGGGAUGGACCUCCAAACCCGAGGGCGUCCCUCAGAGCAGAAGGUCUGACGACCCCAAGAGAGCUCACCGGAAGCUAAUGUUCGAUGCCGUGAACAUGCUCCUCCUUGACAUGUUUGAGAAAGAAACCUCGGUCCAUGCGGCCAGCUCGCUCACCGGAGCCAGGGAGGUGUCCAGCGGUCAGCAGCUGGUGAAGGCCAUUUGUUCAGAGAUCGAGUACCUGAAAGCGGAGAGAUCACGGAUGUGCCAGGAGAAGAGCAGUACUGUGAUACCUGACGCAGAGAUCCUGCACAGGCUGGAAGGGUGGACGACAAGCUUCGUCCAGCAGCAGCUCCCUGGGAUGAUACUGGAGAUCGAGAGGUCGAUAUUCAAGGAGCUCGUCGACGAGGUGGUGCGUGGCGAGGCUGCCGACGGACCACGGGCAAGGGCUGGCAGGCGCGGCAGGAGGCGCCUCUUCGCUUGACUUAAGUUGUCUCAAGAUUUGGCUUGUCUGAAGAGAGGAGGUAAAUAGGCUGGCUGGCGCUGGCUGGCUGUGUGAGGAUUGAGUGUGGGCAAUGCAGAAACCUCAAGUAGGAGUGCAUGUUUCGGACACCUACCACAAGUUAUUCCAAAUGUUAACUUAUAUAUAGUUGUUUUUAAACCAGACAUCGUUUCUCUCUGGAACUUAAUUUUGUGUGCUACUGAACUCAAAUAAUCGCAUGGAUUUCCUGAUUUGAAA